AUGGCACCAGGGAAAUCAUUAAAUUUACGUGGUGGUUCAAUUAGUCCAAGUGCAAGAUCAUAUGAAACAUCAGUGAUUAAAGUUGGCGGUGAAAUAUUUGAUCCAGAUGGAUAUAGAAUGGAUGUGACUGUAUGGUUUCGACAUAGAAAUGAAGCAUUAUAUUAUGUAGACAGCGGUGGUAAUGUACACGGACCAAUGGAUCAACGACAUACUGCACGAUUAGGAAAUAUUAGUCGUAGUGGUCAAUUCAUUCCUGGAUCACGUUAUUAUCUUGGUGAUAAUAUAACAAGUGAACGGUUUAAACGACGUCAAUCUGAUAGUGGUGCAUGGGAUUCUCGUUCAGAAAUUCAUAAUCAUCAUGUUCAUAAUGCAUUUCGUAGUCGUACUUAUUCUGAAACUAGACGUUUAAAUGAAUACUCUGAUAAUUCAAUAUCUACACGUUAUCAUAAUCAAUCAAAUCAACAACCAUAUUAUAAGACAACUGCAUCACAUAAUAUAUCAAAUCAUUCACCAUCACAUACACAUAUAUCACGUUGGUCAUCAAUGCAAACAACUGGUACACAAGGUUUAUGGAGAGGAACAAGUGGUGGACGAUAUGCUACUACUUUAACAAGACAACAUAUUAAAAAACAUCAUGAUCCAAUUGAAAUGGUAGUUAAGCAUACACCAUCAGCUGGUGCAUCAAGAGUAGAUUUACUUUCAGUAGAUAAUCGUCAAGGUAGUUUACCACAUUUAGCCGCUUAUUCAAUACAUAAUACAGCAGGAAUAACUGAACGUGAACAAAAAUUACAAAAUGAAUUAUUAAAUACACAACGUGAAUUACAACAAUUAAAACGAUCAAGAAGUUUAACUGGUGAUCAAAAUUUAACUCAUUCAACUACAUUAAAACAAACAUUAAAAUCAGGUUCUAGUCAAUAUUUAAAUGAUGGAUUUUGGACAACGUAUAGUUUAAAAAAGAAUGAAGGUCAACCAUGUGGUGCACGUAUUGCAGGUAAGUUAUUAUAUAAACACGAUAGUGACUAA